GGAGAAUGCGUCCUCCUCUCGUCCAAUCAGAAGCGUCGCUGGGGCCAUGUGUGUAUUGUUUAAACUGCUCAAAUCGGACAGAGUUUUCAGACUGCUAAAACUUCCACCUAACUGAGUGAUGGCGGCCGUCGUGUCUGUUAGCACAGCUGCAGGAGAUGAGAGCACAGACACAGCGCUCAGUUUCGCUUCUCGUCCGCUUCAAGAAAAGUACGACCUCGCCGCUGAUCACGAAAACUGGAUGCCUGGAGAUCAUCGGCACCCCGAACUCGAACCCGGUGAAGACGACACCACACCGGGACGCGAGUGUCAGCGGAGGGUCGAUGAGGACUUGACAUCACUGAGCCCAGAGGAGAUUGAGAGCCGCUUGGAGAGAACUCGUCGGGAGUUUUACAACCGCAGGAAAAUUAUCAUAAAAAAUCUACCCUCCGAUGUUAGCAACCAGGAGGUCCAUGAACUGUUGGGCAACUAUGACUUGAAGUACUGCUUUGUUGACAAGUACAAGGGCACAGCAUUCGUGACGCUGCUCAAUGGAGAACAGGCGCAGUGUGCCAUUAAAGAGUUCCACCAGCAUAUGCUACGAGACCGGGAGAUAUCUGUUCAGCUGCAGCCAACAGACGCUCUGCUGUGCAUUGCCAACUUGCCCCGUGCUUUUACCCAGCAGCAGUUUGAAGAGUUGGUGCGGCCCUUUGGUAACCUGGAGCGCUGCUUUCUGGUAUACAGCGCCUCCACUGGCCACUCAAAGGGCUACGGCUUUGUAGAGUACAUGAAGAAGGACUCGGCUGCUAGGGCCAAGUCGGAGCUCUUGGGGAAGCAGCUGGGAUCCCGUAUGCUGUACGUACACUGGACAGAGGUUGGAUCCCUCACUUACCCACUGUUGCACUCCAAAUGUCUUUGUGUGGACCGCCUGCCUCAGAGCCUGCUGACUGCACAAGACCUUCGCAACGCACUUGUUGACACCCAUGCUCCUGUCUUCUGCCAGUUGGCUCAGGGACAAGAUGGAAGUUUUCGACGUUUUGCAGUGUUGGAGUUUUCCACUGCUGAGAUGGCUGAGGAGGCACAGAGACUCACUGAUGGCAGGCUGCUGGGAGGGACAAACAUCAGGGUGUCGUUCUGUGCCCCUGGUCCUCCUGGAAGAAGCAUGUUGGCUGCUUUGAUUGCUGCCCAAACCAUGGCUGUGAACCGGGGGAAAGGCCUCCUUCCUGAUCCGACUGCCAUGCAGAUACUCACAGGCCUCAGUAACCCUGCUGCGCUCAAGAUGCUGCUCAACCCACUUUCGCAGGGCCACAAACAAGGUAUCCUUGGGGCAGCCCCUACAGUGCCUCUGUUGACCAAUCCUGCUCUGUCUGCUGCCCUACUCCAGCUGCUCCUUCAAAACCAGGCCAAAGCCCAACAGCAAGCCUUUCUGGGAAAUCAUCUUCUAUGGGCUCAGCAGGCAUCAGGACUCAUUGGGGACAAUCCUCUGGCUGCUUUGCCUGUCCAGCAGGGCGUCCAUCUGCUUGGAGACCUGCCUCAAGGUGGUGUAAUCCCAGGUCUUGGUCUACAGACAGAUCCUCUUGCCCCCUUAAAGCCAUUGCCACUUGGCAGAGCUCUGGCAAGAGAGCAGGAAUCCCCCACAGCGUCAUGCACUUUUCCUCAGACUUCCUCUCCCACUCUGCAGGGCAUGUCGAUGCCCAUGAUGGGUGGCAUGAUGGGGGCAGAUGGCCUUGCACCACAAGGGGUGUCCAUAUUAGGAGAUCCUCCCAAAGAUGUGAACCUUUCUCAGAGUGCCUUCCUCAAUGUCAACAGUGUUUAUCCCUCAGGAGGAAGCAGCAGACCUCACCCUUACAGGAAGAGGCUCACAUUAAGUAAUGUGUCCAACCAGCACACUCACCAGGGCAUACAGCCAAAUUACAACCUGCGCUACCAGGAGUCGUACAGCCCAGAAUUUCCUCCUCUGCAUCAGGAUCCUCUGGCCCAUUUAUAUGAACAGCAGGAGAACCUUGACACAGGGGCCUUGGCAGGAUUUGGACAGCAGCUGUCUCGUCACCCUGACUACAGUGAGAGGUUUUCCCACUACAGUUACCCUUCCAGCCCACCUCUGUCCUCAUACUUCAGCUCAGGGCCUGAGGCUUCCAGUAACGGUAGCCUCCCCACCACUCAGCUCAACAGGGCUGUGGGCAUGCCUCCUGUGAGCCACACCAAUAGCUACCCCCCAGGCCUGGGCAAUGCAGUUAAGACUCCUAUUGGGAGCCACAAGCGUGUGUUCUCACGGCUGAUCCCGUCUCCAGAGCCGAGCCCUGAAGGUGGCUAUGUGGGCCAGCACUCCCAAGGCCUCGGUGGCCAUUACGCAGACUCCUACCUUAAGCGCAAGCGUAUAUUCUAAAUGCCUCUUGGUGUAGAAGUAGUCGGGACACACUGAGAACUUCCCUUGGUCGCCUCCAGUGAACAUUAAAGCUUGCCAGUCCAUGGAUUUGUCUCCUGUGUGUUCCUCUGAAUGACCCCUGGAGGGCGCUGAGGAGCACAGCCUGUUGCCAACUGGACAGUUGUGUCGCUUCAUGGGAAUAUUUGGUGACUUUCUUUUUUUCUUUGUGUGUAAAUAUGAUUUUUAGUGUGUUGGUAAAUUAAGUUUUUACUUUUCUCAUUUUAUUUGAAUUUUAAAUUUCUGUUGAAACUUGUAAAAGUGUGAAAAAAUGGUAAAUUGGCAAUUAAGUCUUUUCUCUUAAGCAAUUUUUUUUUUUAUUCCUGUGAGUGUGGUGUAUCAGAAUGUUCAGAGCUAUCGAUAGUUUAGCCAGUUUUCAAUAGCAGCUGUGGGCUGCUUUUUAUGUUUGACAUCUCACUAGUGCUGCUGUCCACAGUUCUAGGCAAAGGGACUUGCAUUAUGUACAAAACAACAAGCUUUAAUUCAAAGGCUCUACACUUGUUUUUUUUAAAUAGCCUCCAUGUUUUCAUGUAAAAAGUUCAGUAAUUUGUGUGAAGAAAUGGGGUUUUUGUUUUCCUUUCCUCCCACUGGGUUCUAUGUUUUGCUGUAUGCCUUUAUUUCUGGAUGUGAUUCAGGCCCCUUCUCGUUGGUUACCAUGCAGCUUUCCAUCCACUGAUGACAGCCGUUUUUAUUAUGAAGGUGAAGCUUCUUCGCAAAAUUUUUUGGCAUAUAUUCUCUAGCCCUAACUUUUCCACGUUUAUUUGUUGUUGUUGGUUUUUUUUUUUUUCAAUUCACACCCUCAAACUUGUUUCCAGAGUCGGUUCUCUACACUGGUUGAGUGAUGCACUGGAGGGCACACGUCACUAUCUGGUCCGUUCUCACUUGAACAAGAUGCCAUUCAAGCCUCCCCUCACUCAUAUGUCCAGGAGUUGAAUAUUUUUUUCUGUUUAUCGGAGUUCUAUUUGCUAAGUUAAAUUUUUUUGAAUGUCUGAAGUCCAAACAUCUCACCUUGGUGAUUUCAUCAGGUGGGAGGGGCAGUGGACAUGCACUGUGUGCCAUUUGUUCAGCUUCUAACAGCUCGUGAAGACAAGAAAUUUGAAUAUCUGUCCCCAGUAGGAGGCCUGACUCUUAAUGGAUUGGAUUCACUAGAUAAGUAGAUGGCAGCUGAAAUGAUGGACACACGCCAUGUUUUAACAUUUACAGUAAUGGUCUGUCUUGGGAGGUGCUAAUGGAAGCUUCUGGCAGGUAAUUGGUCAGUGACAUAACAGUCUUUUUUUUUUUUUUUUUUUUUUUAAUAUAUAUAUAUAUAUAUAUAUAUAUAUAUAUAUAUAUAAUUAUCUGGUUGACAGUUUGAUUGUGAUAACCCAUUACCUCUGACAUCUGCUGGCAAACGCAGCUACACUUGAGCCUUAACAUUGUUUUCCGUUAUGUCAUCCUGCCCUGUGUUGGCCUCCAUCUACAUUUACCAUUUCUGUUCUUUGCUGUGUAAAUAGUUAAAGGUUGAUCAUUUUCUUGAGUCCAAAGCUUUUGUUUUUUUUUUUUUUUUUUUUGGAAUCAUACCUGCCUCCGGUCUGGUGUUUUGGAUGAAUUUGCUGCUCUUUUUGUGUUUUCGUUGUUUUUGACUGUUUGAAAGCUGAUGUGACCAAGAGUGGUGCCACAGCAGAGUGCUCAUGUUGUGUAUGGACCAAGAGAUGCAGUCGUACUGUCACAAUCAUCACUGAUGGAUAACAUUCUGCUAACGUCUCUUCUGUACCGCCAUGGUUGUCUCUGUAUGUGUGUGAUGAGAGCAAGUAAAUGUUAUUUAAACUCA